CGGAGCUUGGCGAUGUGCCUUCUGCUUUUUGCAAAGUGAGUUUAUGUCUUCAUAAGGAACAUUGUUGUGAUUGUGGCACGCCUUCUGCGGGAAUUUAUUUUGGCAUUUUCCUCGCCCGGCCAAUGUGGAGGAGGCUUCGGUCGGACGUGGUCAACGCACUGUGAGUGAGAGUGUGUGUGAUCUUCUAGCUCCGCGAGGGGCUUUCGUGAACUCCGUUCGACUUCGUUCGCGUCUCUUUGAUCGAGUCGUUGUCAGUGCAGGUCAGAAGUGGAAGUGGAGAGAGAGGGAGAGAGAGAGGGAGAGAAAGAGGGCCCUCGGGCCUCACAGUUUAGUUCAUUGUUGCGGUGUUGAUACAGUUUUUUCGUUACGAUUUUCGCGGGGCUUUCGCGUUCGUCAGGUAAAAAGAGGAGCUGUCACGGAAGGAGAGAAAGCGUCAAGGAUCGAUUCGGAAGGAAAGAUUCGUGGAUUAUGAAGUGUUGACCGAUUCCCGGAACUCUGUGCUUGCCGUCGUGUUCGGAAUAGGUUACCAAGAUUGGAUCUUUUCUCUGGCAUGUCUCCUCGCUUGUUCCUAGUAUAAGUGCAAAGGGCACGCAGCUCGGAUUUUGAUAGACAGCAAUUGAGCUCUGAGCAUACGAAAAGAGCGUAACGGAAUGUAACAGCAGAUUGCGUUAGCAUCGAUGUUUGAAAGCGAGCUUAUAUGAGUGCUUCUAGCUCUGCUUACAAGUCCGGGUGGGCUGUCCAGCUGCCUUUGUCUAUUUGCGGCCUCUCUCUUGCGGAGAGAAGAGGAGUGAAGUUUGAGUUUGUGAAAAGUAUUCUGCCUUGCAGACGUCGCCUAGACAUGAGUAAUUCUCCGAUGACUCCGACUCCUUCGACGAGGAUCUUCUCCCCAAAGAUGAGUUCUGCGGGAUUCAAUGUAUGGGAGGCGCUCAAUAUGCCGGAGAAGCCGGUGGCGAAAUUGAGUGAAGAGCAGGUGGGAAUCUGCAGAACCGCCAUUGGGCACUUGAGAGGGAGUCGUUCCCAAGCUGACAAGGAUUUCGAUCUGAUGGCGGCAGAGAAGAAUGUCGGUCAUUUGAAUCACUGCCAAACCUUUAUUGCACAACACAUCAGCAAUCAAUUGAAAAAUCGAUACGUGAAUGUGCUGCCCUACGACGAUAACAGAGUGGUUCUGACUGCAAAUGGCCACGCUAGUGACUACAUCAAUGCGAGCUUCAUCAUGGAUCCAGUGCAUGAGAAGCUACCGGUGUACAUAGCCACGCAGGGACCCUUGAGCUCCACAACGAAUGACUUCUGGGAGAUGAUACUGCAAGAACAUUGCCCUGUUAUUAUCAUGCUGACUCAGUUGGUAGAUGGUAGUGAGGACAAAUGUUACGAAUAUUUCCCGUCUGAAUUGGAUAUGCCAGUACGGUACGGACGACUCAUUGUCACCAACAAGUUCGUUGGGAGCAUGGCGAAUCAUUCUAUCGUCAAAAGGGUGUUCGAAGUCCGAAUGAUGACUGAUCCCGAGGCUCCACCACACUACGUCCUGCACCUAGAAUAUUUCGAGUGGCCUGACUUUCGUGUACCGAGCACAACUGUAUCACUCCGAGAGAUGAUGAGAAGUUUGCAGUUCAUACCAGUGGAUGCCGGUCCAUUUGUCGUCCAUUGCAGUGCAGGUAUAGGUAGAACCGGCACGUACUGCGUAAUAGAUCACACAUUACGGCGAAUUCUCAACGGUGAUCUAACAGCAGUUGACGUAUGCCAAACUCUUAGAACCUUUAGGAAACAACGAUACGGCAUGGUGCAAACUAGGGAUCAAUUUCGCUUCUGCUAUGACGCCGUCUGCGAUGAACUUGAAGACAUGAUUUCCCAUUCCCAAAAUUCCACCCAGCAUUCCUUCAAGGCAGCUGUAAACUCGCGCUGAGUGAGCCCUGAGCAUGCAACGUAAGCACCCUUGUCAUGUUAUGGAAAUCCAAGUGGUCCGAUGUCCAUAAGAUCUGCUCGGAGUCAAUCAUGCAGUCGCUUAAGAAAGCUCGUGAGCCCCAACUUGCGACAGGUUUAACUCAGUGCGUGGAUGAUCGGCCAUCUUCGUCGUCUUUCAAUUUGGAUCUUAGCAACUCUGAUCUGGAGCAAAGUAUCAUUGGGCAACAGUUCUGCUGCAGUGCUGUUGUAGAAAAUCACUCAUUGUGAUAGACGGUCAUCAGUGGUUAAAAGCUCCCUGCAAGAGCUUACAGAAAACCAUUCAAGAUAUGUUAAUUGUCUUAUAAGGACGAAAUACUUGAAUUGCGAUGUAUAAGUGAGGUCUAAUACAGGGCACCGUUAUUUGCACGGUGAACCUUCUCUCAUACAGUAGUUUAUUUAGAAGUGGAAGCUAGAUUUUUCUUCAAGAAGCUUCAUGUUGAAGGAUUGCCAGGCAAUCAGUUUCUCAAGCUAGCUUGAGCUGGAGCAGCUCCUCGGUCACCUUAGUUUGAAGUCCACGGCGUUGCAGUGCUUUUCAUGCACGCUGUUCUGAAUAGUUCAGCUCGUCCUUUUUCACUCGCCAAAUUUGGUAUCCAGAAGUAGUCUGGUCUACACGUUUGGCUCUCACAAAAGCCGUCCUGUUCAUUUUGGGAACUGGACUGGACAGAAAAAAUCC